ACUCUUGCGAGGAUUACGGUAAGGAGUCUGGCAGGCUGGAGGUCAGAGCGAGAGAAAGACAGGCAGACAGCAGUUGCUCGACGCUACAGCUUCAUCACUGUAGAUACUUCACUGUGGAAGAAGGCGCCUUGCCGAAAGAUAAGCCUGUAUCCUCGCCUACUUGCAAAAAUCAGCAACAAAGAGAGAUGUGAUUUAGCUUCAGUUGACUGACUCCAACAGGAUAAAAUGACCACUGUGUUGAUCCUUGACAUGUAAAUGGCGUCCAAAGUCCGAGAUGCUGUAUUGUGGUACCAGAAAAAAAUUGGAGCCUAUGAUCAACAGAUUUGGGAGAAGUCAGUUGAACAGAGAGAAAUAAAGGGCCUAAGGAACAAGCCAAAGAAGACAGGACAUGUGAAAUCCGACCUUAUAGAUGUCGACCUUGUGCGAGGUUCGGCAUUUGCUAAAGCAAAACCAGAAAGUCCAUGGACAUCUCUCACCCGAAAGGGCAUUGUACGAGUCGUGUUCUUUCCUUUCUUUUUCAAAUGGUGGAUCCAAGUUACCUCAAAAGCAAUCUUCUUUUUGCUAUUAUUUCUGUACCUCCUUCAAGUGGCAGCAGCAGUAUUAUUUUUCACAAUUUCCCAAGAACACAACAUCCCUGUUACUGAAGUGUUUGGAGCAGUUUGGCUCAUGUUACUUUUGGGAACAGUUCAUUGCCAGAUUGUUUCAACAAGGACCCCUAAACCUACUCCUAGUGGUGGUGGAAAAAGGAGAAGGAAGUUAAGAAAAGCAGCACAUUGGGAGGUGCAUAGGGAAGGAGAUGGCUCUAGCACUACAGAUAACACACAGGAGGGGGCGCUGCACUGCUCUGAUUCUGCAAUCACUUACAGCCUUGGUGCUAUCUUCAGAGAUUUCUGGCAUGAUUUCUUUAAACCAGGAUCAAAGAAAACAAAGGCAUCAAUUGACAAAUCAACAGAAACCGAUAAUGGCUAUGUGUCGCUGGAUGGAAAGAUGACUAGUAAGAGCAGUGAGGAUGGCACUCAGACACACAAUCCCCAUGGUGAUGUUAUGAGGUCAGAAGAGGGGGGCAGUUGGAAUGCUGGUUCUGCUACGAGACACUUACACCACCAUGGUCAACACAAGGAGUCACCCAGAACAGUCGGCAGUGUGUCUGAUGAAGUAUCCAGUGAGGAUGAUGCAGGAGGAGGAUUUGUGCAUAGCCGUCGUGUGAUUGACCGAGCUUCAAGUGACUGUGCAUUGCGAAACAGAAAGCUACAUCAUUACAAGAAGCACUACAUUUCUGAAGAUGCACCAAGAUCAGGAACCAGCUGCAGCUCCCAUUGUUCAAGCUCUCGUCAAGACUCUGAGAGUACAAGACAGGAGUCUGAAACUGAAGAUGUUCUUUGGGAAGAUUUUCUGCACUGUGCAAAAUGCCGUUCUUCCUGUACUAGUGAGACCGAAGGAGAGCACCCAAAUGUUUGUACUGGAACCAAGAAAGAGUUUAGAGAUGACCCCUUUCAUCAGGCUCACAUCCCAUGGCUUCAUAACUGUAACCCAGGGUUGGAAAGAGUGAGUGCCAUAGUGUGGGAAGGUAAUGAGUGUAAAAAAGCCGAUAUGUCUGUCCUGGAGAUCAGUGGAAUUAUUAUGAACCGAGUAAAUGUCUAUACUCCCGGAAUAGGUUACCAGAUUUUUGGCAAUGUAGUUUCAUUAAUCCUUGGACUGACUCCAUUUGCAUAUAGACUGUCUCAGUACACUGACUUGGAGCAGCUCACCUCCUUGUCGGCCUCCGAGCUCUUAAAUGUUGCAUUUGGUUCUAGCUCUGAAAGUACAGUCAUAUCAAUGGUGCUGACAAGUUUUGUGGUCCGAAUCUGUGUUAUAUGGCUUUUCUUCUUUCUUCUGAGUGUUGCAGAGCGCACUUACAAGCAGAGGCUUCUUUUUGCCAAGCUGUUUGGACAUUUAACUUCUGCAAGAAGAGCCAGAAAAUCAGAGGUUCCACAUUUUCGUUUGAAGAAAGUGCAAAAUAUAAAGAUGUGGCUGUCACUCAGAUCGUAUUUGAAGAGACGAGGCCCACAGCGGUCCGUGGAUGUUAUUGUUUCAUCUGCUUUUCUACUGACCCUCUCUGUGGUCUUUAUUUGCUGUGCACAGCUUCUUCAUGUCCAUGAGACAUUUCUUGACUGCCACUACAACUGGGAACUGGUUAUCUGGUGUAUUUCUUUAUCAUUGUUUCUGCUGAGGUUUGUUACCCUGGGAUCUGAGACCAGCAAAAAAUACAGCAAUACCUCCAUUCUGUUGACAGAGCAGAUCAACUUGUAUUUAAAAAUGGAGAAGAAACCUAAUAAGAAGGAAGAGCUAACCUUAGUGAACAAUGUGUUGAAAUUAGCUACAAAGUUGCUGAAGGAGCUGGAUACGCCAUUUAGACUUUACGGACUGACAAUGAACCCUUUACUAUAUAAUAUUACUCAGGUGGUAAUACUGUCAGCUGUCUCUGGAGUCAUCAGUGACCUGCUGGGCUUUAACCUAAAGCUUUGGAAGAUCAAAUCAUAACAAGAAAAAAAAUGGAUUCAUGUUUGAACUUGGAACAGAAUAGUUUAACAAUCCCUGAAGCUAUAGAAACUGACUUUGGACUUUAAGGACUGGGGCUUUGUAUUCAGACAUAUCAAAAUGCUUACACCUGAGAUGUUUGUGCAAUUAAGAUAUUUAUUUUACCUUUUCAGUGGUUCACUUUACUUUGCACUUGUUUUUUUGUUAUUGUUUUUAUUUUCAAGUAUUAUGUUUGUUAGGUUCUCAGCAAGGGGCGAGCAAACUGGACUUAAAGGAAUUCUGACAGGUUGAGCUUCUUACGCUCUCCCCAAGAAGUGAAAAUGUUGACUGUUGUAGAUGCAGUAAGCUCUGUCUCCAGAUUAGGUCAUUUCAGAAUUACUGAUAUUUAUUAGGAUGUUGCAACAUGUAAAACUGCAGCAAAACCAAAGACUGAAACUGAAUUUUUCUUGUAGAUGAAGUUUGAGAAUUUAAGUAUUAGUGAUGCUAGGUGCAGGGUAGAGUAUUAAAAAAAAAAAAAAGAUAUUUGUUACUUUAAGAUAUAAUAUGAAAGCUAGGCCAUCAGAAGCAGGGUAUCAUCGUAUAUUUAGAGUCUUAGCUGUUUCAAGUGUUUACUUUCUUCUGUUUUUAAAUUUCUUUUAAUGGUUUAUUUUAAAGGAAGUAAUUUGAGCACCCUUUUUACACACAUACACACACAAUAUAUCUUAUCUAAUAUAUAUACAGUGUGUGUAUAUGUGUCUGUGCAUUUUUUCUGGGCAGAGCAUGUCCUUUAAAGGUCAAAGUGUAUUUACAGCAAUAAUUGUAUAUGUGUACCAAGCAAGAAAAGGGUACUUUGAUAUAAUGUAGUAAUAGUUGUAUUUUUUAUGUCUGAAAAGUAUUUUUGUUGAGUUCUAGCAGCAUAUGCGAAAUGUUUUAAUGUCAAAUUGUUUAGUUACAAAAAUGAGUGUUUUCUGUUACAUAAUGUGGAAAAACAUUUAAGAUACCAAAGUGCAUUUUGUUGAUUAAGAAUGUAUCAGGACAGCUUUAAAGUUGCUUUCUACAGAAAAGUCUUCAAGGAGAAUUUUGAGAGAUGCUAGACUUUUCUUAAAUUCAUUCUGCUGUCAUUCAGAAUUGUUUUCCUUACUUUUGGAUACCAUUAGAAGUGCUCUAUUUGGUGCUGGUAGCUUAAAGAUAAAGGACUGGUGUGCCAAGGUGAAAUUUAAAAUGGUCAUUGCUGUGUUUGUUUAAGGGUCAGAUGUUUAGGAACGAAGCAUACUUAGCAUUUUCUAUAGCUCUGCUUUACUAAGUCUUUGAUGGAAGAAUGAAGACAUUAUCAGAAAAACUGGUGUGCAGAGCCCUGCCUUCCAGGAGACCAGCUGUAACAGUUUCCAUUACUAAAUGCCAUAUGGAGAGAAAGGCUCACACACUAAAUUCAGCCUCUUCUGGCAUGCUGUGACAUUUUAUUACAAGAUAUUUUCCUUUUGCUAUAAUAUUUGCUGAAGAAAAGAAUUAACUUAAGAAAUGUCAAAAAAUAAAAGAUUUUAUCAAUGAAGAAAGCAAUAUACUAUGCAUUGCACAAAAACUUUUUUAUUGUGAAGGGUACCAUUUACUUUAUUGGGUGAAAGAUUUUUUUUAGAAGGCAGGCAUAUUUUUAAAUGUUUCCUGUUUUGAUAUGAAACCUGGCCAACUGACAAAACUCGCAAUAUGAUACUGAACAAGAAGAAUAUGCUACACCAGCUUUAUUGAUGUACAAAUUCCAGCAAACUUGAAUCAUGUUUAUUUCUUAGAUUUUCAUUUACCAGCUGAUGACACUGUUAAAACCUUUCAUUAAAGGAAACUGUGGCU